UGGAGAAGAGCAAAGCUGGUGUGGGAGGAGCAGUUUUAGAUUGGCAGAAGACAAGGGAUCCCAGAAGGCUUGUACUGAGGGAGAUGCGAGCCAGCCAACAGAUUUUCAUUCAUGAAGACGCAAUUCAGCACCGACACUUGGCGUUUUCUUCGGGUGUAGCCCAGCUGAGUGAAUUCAAUCAGUGUCACGGAGCGCUAUGCGCUCAACUAGAGCCAUUCACAUGUGUGCAAACUUGUGGGCUUGAUCUGAACACCACUGGACACUGUUCAAUUCAACUUUCCUUAUGGGAUUGUGCUGGGCGAGAAUGAAGAGCGCUGUCAGAAGCUGGAAGUGGCGGUCAGCAGUGUCUCGACAGGCGUUAUAGGAGUCUUCAUUCAGAAGGAUGCUGGUGGGAAAUGCCUGCAGACAGAGAGGAUGAGAUUUGUGGAAAGGCGCUGGAGCUUCUGUCCGAUCUGUGCUCGAGAGGAGAGGUGCACGAUGAAAACUGUUUGGAUUUAACCUACUAUUUUCGCGAUCUCGGGAGACCGAGAUAUUCGGACUCCGAUGUGUCUGUGAGCCUGUUGUCCCUCUUGACCACCACAUGUGGCCUGGCGCUGUUUGCCGUCUCCCUGUUCGUGUCAUGGAAGUUGUUUUGGGUGCCAUGGCGAGAUCGCUUCUUGCCCGGCCUAAAGGACCAGCAGGGCGAGCAGCAGCCGGUCCUGACCGAGGUGGAGGGCCUGGAGCGUGAAUACAGCGAGGACUUCAAGAAGGAUCCCAAUGCGCCAACGGUGCUCCCAGAGUCAGCAAUGAAGAUCAGCCACACAUCCCCGGACAUCCACCUGGAGGCCCAGACUAAGGCCAAGGAGCUCAACCACAUCCACAUAGCUCGCGUACAGCGACAAGUCACCGAACCGACCUCAUCUGUCAGUGACCGACUUUCUCUCUUGGUUAUUGCUCCAGAUGUGUCUGUGAGCCUGUUGUCCCUCUUGACCACCACAUGUGGCCUGGCGCUGUUUGCCGUCUCCCUGUUCGUGUCAUGGAAGUUGUUUUGGGUGCCAUGGCGAGAUCGCUUCUUGCCCGGCCUAAAGGACCAGCAGGGCGAGCAGCAGCCGGUCCUGACCGAGGUGGAGGGCCUGGAGCGGGAAUACAGCGACGACUUUGAGAAGGAUCCCAAUGCGCCGAUGGUGCUCCUGGAGUCGGCCAUGAAGAUCAGCCACACGUCCCCGGACAUCCAACUGGAGGCCCAGACUAAGGCCACGGAGCUCAACCACAUCCACAUAGCUCGUGUACAACGACAAGUCACCGAACCGACCUCAUCUGUCAGGCACAACUCCAUCCGGAGACAGAUGAACGUCUCCAACCCCGAUUUCAACUUGGCCCAGUUCCAGAGACAGGAGUCCAUAUCGGGUCCAGGUUUGGGCCGCAUCAAGCCUGAGCUCUACAAACAGCGGUCGGUGGACACGGACGACGGCAGACGAGCGGACAGCUGUGGCCGCUUGCACUUCAUCCUCAAAUACGACUGUGAUUUAGAGCAGCUCAUUGUGAAGAUCCACAAAGCCCAAGAUCUACCUGCUAAGGACUUUACGGGAACAUCCGACCCGUACGUGAAGAUCUACCUGUUGCCAGACCGCAAAACCAAGCAUCAAAGAUUCACCUCUAACCAUGAGACAUUUACCUUGUAUUAUGACUGGAAUGACACUUUUUGUAAACUUGAAACUGAGUCUUCAACAAAGACAGAGGUUUGGAACAACAUGUGGGAUAAUGUGGAUCUGGGAGAUCUGAUGUUUUCUCUUUGUUACUUGCCAACUGCCGGCCGACUGACAAUAACGAUAAUUAAAGCCAGAAAUCUUAAAGCCAUGGACAUCACAGGAGCGUCUGAUCCUUAUGUAAAGGUUUCUCUGAUGUGUGACGGCCGAAGACUGAAGAAAAGGAAAACGUCAACGAAAAGGAACACUCUCAAUCCUGUCUACAAUGAAGCCAUUGUUUUUGAUGUUCCACCUGAGAACAUCGACCAAAUAAGUCUUUUAAUAGCAGUAAUGGACUAUGACCGCAUAGGUCACAAUGAGGUUAUUGGCGUGUGCCAUGUGGGAAACAGAGCUCAGAGUUUGGGACGCGAUCACUGGAAUGAGAUGCUCACAUAUCCACGCAAGCCCAUCGCCCGCUGGCAUCUGCUUGUAGAGUGGGUUGGUCAAAGCACGACCGGCGGUAGCCAAGGCUCCUAUAAUUCCCUGAGGACACCUCCUUCCCCAUAAUGGAUGCCGUCAAAUUUCAGCCAUGGAGACACCCGGCAAGGUCCAAUUCACAACUUUAAUAAAAAGUAAAGGGCGAGAGAGAGAAAAAUAUCUUGGUCCUGUUAAAGGUCACUUUAAAUAUGUGCACACAUUCAAUGCAGUAAACACCCAGGACCCUUUAGACCUCAAAUUUCCUGGAUAGAAGAAGAGUGUCAGGCCCACUGCAUGUGAAGUGACUGUGUGUGAGCCAUGGACGUUGUUCUGCUUUUGUUAAAAACUUUAGGUGAGAGGUAAGUAUUUUUGACAUUGUCAUGUUUUACGUAUCUGUAUUAACACAUUGUAAUACACUAAUAUAGUUUGAAGUGUGGUGCAUGGAGUCUAUUUUGUGGUAUUUUAUUGUAAAAUCUUGCUGUAUAAAAAUAUAUAAG